AUGCCUGUAUUCACCGAAUACGCUGCCUCGUCGCGUGAACUGCGCGUUCUGCCUUCCUUUGCCCCUCCACUUCCCCGCCUUUCCCCGCGAUUCACGCCUCCUGAGGGAGCUGAGAAAUAUGAAGUCGUCAUUGUCGGCGCUGGUCCAGCAGGGCUCAUGCUGGACCUGCUUCUGGCACGAUAUGGCCUCAACGAUGACUCUCUGCUCUGCAUAGACGCAAAACCAGGUACUCUCAAAUCCGGCCAGGCGGACGGCCUGCAGCCCCGCACGCUCGAAGUCCUCAAAUCUCUCGGGCUUGCGGACGAGAUCCUCACCGAUGGCUGUCACAUGGAAGAGGUGGCGUUCUGGAAUCCGUCGCCUGACAAGGAGAAGGUGAUUGAGAGGACGUCGAUCGUUCCCGACGUUGCUGUGCCGGCCCGCUUUCAACAUGAAGUCACAAUCCACCAGGGUCGCAUUGAGCGGAUCCUCGAAACAGAUCUGCUCCGGUAUUCGAAAAGAGGCGUACAGCGGAACACCAAGCUUGUGGACGUCAAGAUCGAGGAGGCAGGCGAUGCUGAAUUCCCAGUUGUGGCCGAAAUCGAGACGGACGGCACCCGCCGCACAAUACGCUCGAAACACUUGGUAGGCGCGGAUGGUGCCCACUCGGUAGUCCGGCGCUGCAUGGGACUCAAGCUGGUCGGCGAGUCAAUGGACCAUAUCUGGGGCGUGGUCGAUCUGGUAAUCGACACUGACUUUCCCGAUAUUCGAAGACGAUGUGCCAUCCAUUCACCGGCCGGGUCUGUCAUGGUCAUUCCGCGGGAGCGCAUCGCGACGGGCGAUUACCUGACUCGUCUCUAUGUCCAAGUACCUGAAGAGACACUUCCUGAAGAGGACCAGACGCCCGUUAAUGGGACUAGUUCCCAGUCCAAAGGAGAUGCACGCGCGCGCAGAAGCCAGGUGACCCAGAAAUCGAUUUUUCGGCAUGCGGCGCAAGCCUUCAAGCCGUACUAUAUUCGGCCCAAGGAAGAGGGCGCAGUCGACUGGUGGGCUGCGUACCAGAUCGGUCAGCGAGUCACGGACAAUUUCACCGUCAAAGACUCAAAGGGUAUCAAUAGGGUGUUUAUUGUGGGAGAUGCUUGUCAUACACAUAGUCCAAAGGCUGGUCAAGGAAUGAAUGUGUCAAUGAUGGAUUCGUACAACCUAGCCUGGAAACUGGUGUAUUCCCUCCAUGGGCUCACACCUGAUUCGGCGGUUCCCGGACAAGCCGAUGCCAUCGUUGAUACAUACCACUCUGAGCGCCAUACAAUCGCCCAAGAACUCAUCGAGUUCGAUCGUGCCUUCUCAUCCAUGUUCUCCGGCAAGAUUGGGGCGUCAGAGGAUGGAGUCGAGGGGCUCACGCACGAACAGUUCCUCCAAGUUUUUAGCACGGGAAAUGGAUUCACCAGUGGUUGUGGUAUUGAGUAUCCUGGUAGCCUAAUGGUGGACAAGGCUUCGGAUGACCAUGCAAAAAACCCGAUUACCGGGACAGAUUACCUGUCCGGUGUCCUUCGUCCAGGCAGAAGAUUACUUGACGUUCGAUGCAAGCGCCAUGCAGAUGGGAACAGGCGGCACUUGCAUGACGACUUUCUUUCGACAGGUCGCUUCCGCAUUCUAUGUCUCACGUCUUCGGAUCUCCUGGACCCCAAGGGCGUUUCUGCUCAGGUAUUGGCCUCUCUUGGAUCAUCUGUCCUUCCACGCUUCCCGCCAAACAUUAUUGAGCAGGUGGUUAUCCAUCCUCGCUUGGGUAAGGUGUUCAUGUGGCAGGAUGUGCCGAGUGAGCUCAAGAGACACUCGGAGAUGCGGUUCUACAGCUGUUACGAAUUAGACGAUGUGUACAAGAUCUACGGCGUAGACGAGACAAGGGGUGCUUUGGCCGUCGUUCGACCUGAUGGAUAUGUUGGCAUGGUGGCGGCCUUGGAGGACGUAAAGCGUGUACAGGAGUACUUAGAGAGGUGUGUGAGGACUGUCUAA